AGAUCAAAAGUGCAUUGUCUCAUGGCUUAAACACUACAAUGACGAAUGGCUACAGUUCUGACAGCAUAAUUAGAGGUGCCUGGAACAAAAUGCAACAGAGUGUGAGUGCGAAGAUUAUUUGUUUACCGUAAAGAUAAAGUUUAGUGUAGCUUAUUUAGCCUGCGUGGCAGGCGGUCAAUGCCAAUGGGGAUGGGAAAAAACUCGUUGCCCGCUUUUUUCUCGUGUCCUCCCAGUCGGGAAAUUGUUUUCGUAGUCGGCAAGACUUGAAUUGGAUAGGAAGGGAAAAAACUAAAAUAUAUGAAUUACACUGAUUAAAAAUUAAUAUUUAUAAUGUUUCUGAUUGUGAUACUCUGAGUGUGUAUCCACACCGCGGGCAGACUGAAAAGUUUGCUUGACCACGGUGAGAAUCGAACCCGCGACCUUUGGGAUAGUAGUCCAAUGCUCAACAAUUUUGGGAAAUUUACGUUUUCUUCCACGUACGACUGCCUCACACAAAGGACUUGUGCACGAAGGAGGGCAAAGGCGAUCUUCUUUCGCAACCAGCUCAUGCUGUGUUUCCCUGUUGCAACCUCCAAAUGCGCUGAAUACAAGUGGCGUGAACGAUCCAUGUUCGAUCUGGACAAUUCUCUGGUUGUAUUGCCGCUUCUUCUCCUUUUCAUUUGCCUUGAAGACAUUGGUGAGGUUCUGGUUUCUGUGUGUCGAGGCAUCAGGGUUGAAUACCCAUUACGGAUGUACAUAAAAAAAUGCCUUUCAUACUUUUACAAGAACGUCAUAUGUGACUUUAUCGAUGGCGGCUGCCAGAAGAUCACGUACCUCAUGAUGUCGACAGUGAAUGAAACCUCCUUUUAAACACGAUAAGGCAUGGUCGACAGUGAACACCUUUCCACAGGCACAGUGAGUCUGAGAUCGCAUCAAAGAAUUCCCACUUAAUAUUGAUGACAUAUCCCUCAUCAGCAAGUGGAAGAGCUGUCAUCCAGAUUGAAGAACCUUUCAAAUGAGCAAGGUCAUUGGCGCGAAUCUGUUCUGCUGACAGGGGGGGCAAGGGGGAGGGCAAAUGCCCCCCCAGAAUUAUUCCCCCCCCCCCAUUUUGCCCCCUCCCCCUCAAAAAAAAUUAUUAGUCACUAAGAGCGACUAAAGGCUACACAAGCGUUCUGUCGUUAUCGGAAAAUGUAUGGCUUAUAAGUUGUCAUUACUCAUUAGUGAAUGCGCAUAUACAUGAAACUGUUUUUUACAGUUUCAAUAUUAGUUUGUAAAUCUCUGAAUGGUAAAACUUGCCAAUACUCCAAUAAUACGUUUCAAAAAAAGACACAAAAGCUUUAGUUUUGCAGAGUUAAAUUCUCAAACGUGUAAGGCAAUAAUAAGAUGAAAGUAUCACGAAAUUAUUUGAAUAAACCACAUCGCAUAUAAGGGGGGCGAAUGUCCUAAAGAGGGGCGAUAUUCCUAGGGUAUUCGCCCCACCCCCCUGGGAGGCGAUAUUCCUAGGAUAUUCGCCCCCGGGGGCGAUAUUCCUAGGAAUAUCGCCACGUUUUGAGGGGGGGGGGCGAAUUUCCUGGGGGGCGACCUUUUUAAAAAUUCUAUCUUGCCCCCCCCAAAUUCGAGUUUGCCCCUCAAAUGCCCCCCCCCCAAAUUUGAAAGCCUGGCGCCGCCACUGUGGACUUGUAUCUCUCUUCCCUCUCAUAAGCCACACGACAACGUAUUCUCUGGACGGCUCGACAGGUCUGUCUUCUCUGAUAUUAUUCUGCUCGACGAUCUUCCCUGUAAGGCCCUGACAUAUCGUUUUGGAAUUCUGAAACUCCAUGGCAACACAUAUCCGAAAGAUUGGGUAUGCCAAGACCUCCCAGAGGUGUUGGCAACGCAGUAGCUUACGAUCUAGCAAGGAAACAUUUCGGCCGGCCGUGAGUGCAGGAAGUAGUUCAGUGUCGAUGAUGUUGUCAAUUUGCUGUAGUUGAUGUUGAUUACCGUAAUUACUCGAAUAAACGCCUCCCUCGAAUUAACGCCGCCCUCGAAUAGACACCGCAUUAUUUCUCAUCGAUGCGGCGUUUAUUCGAAGCAUUCAUAACAUAUAAACUUUAUUCUUAGUUUUUUGGGUUAAGUGUUGAAGUUGAGUUUUAAUUAAACAAUAAAUGCACACUUGUUGUUACAAAAUUUGCAAUAAACGCCGCCCUGGAAUAAACGCCGCACCUUGAGCGCCAAACUCCGCGGCGUUUAUUCGAAUAAUUACGGUAUCUGGAAUCGUGCAGAUUAUUAAUAAAUUAAUAAAUAAUUACCACAGCUCUUCACGAAUCUACAGGGUAUCUAAAAAAAGGAGACCUUUAAAUUGUAUCAGUCCGAUACAACACGGCCACUCAUGUUGUAAAUCUCUGGUUGUAAAUAGUACAGCCCGCGGCACAUCAAAGAAAACCGACUCAAUCGAAUUAACUAUUUUUUGUUUCGCUUAUUUCAGUUUCAUUGUUGUGGAAACAGAAACUACUCUGACUGGUUCAAUGUCACGUGGGAUCAGCAUCUUAGUCCACCUAACCGAACAAUUGUACCUGAAAGUUGCUGUAAAGACAUGCGGAAGGAUUGUAAUAGUUAUGAACAUGUUCAUAAUAAUACGGAUAUGGUUGGCAAAUUUAUUUACACAGAGGUUGGUAUACGCAGUGUCCUAUACGGCUAUAGGUUGCUGCAUGUAUGCAGUGACCACUUAAUUAAACUUAUUUUGGUAUGAUAUGAUAUGACAAAAAUUACUAGGCUACUAUCUUUUGUGUUUCUGUAGAACAAAUAAAAUCGAAAAUCUUUUUUCUAGGGAUGUUAUGACCUUAUCACUCAAUUCUUCCGACAGAAAUUUUCUGUUCUGGCUUCUGCUGCUUUGUCCAUUGCCGUGAUUCAGGUAAAAAGACAGUGCAAU